UCUCAAGCUUCCAUCAUUGAAAUGGCAUCAAAAGACCCUCUUGCUUGGAUAGACUGCGAAAUGACUGGGCUUGACCCUGAAAAUGACUCCAUCAUGUCUAUUGCAUGCUUUAUAACUGACAGCGAUCUCAAUAUCCUCGACGACAUUGGCUUUGAGGUUGUCAUCCAUCAUAGCGAAGAGCAGCUUGGUCGGAUGGGGGAGUGGUGCACGAAGCAUCACGCCAACUCUGGAUUGACGAUAGCUUGCACCACCUCCACAACCACCCCGGCUGAGGCAGCCUCAGGAUUACUCCAAUACAUCCAGAAACACGUUCCAAAGGCCCGAACCGCUCUAUUAGCUGGAAACUCAGUCCAUGCUGAUAAGUCUUUUCUGGUCAAACAGCCGUACAAACCUGUCAUUGAUUAUCUUCAUUAUCGGAUUUUGGACGUUAGUAGCAUUAAGGAAGCUGCGAGAAGAUGGGCCCCCACCGAGAUUCUAAAUAAAGCGCCAAGGAAGAAGAUGUUACACGAGGCGCGAGAAGAUAUUUUGGAAAGUAUUCGGGAGGCCAGAUUCUAUCGUAAGGCGUUCUUCGUGUUAGACUCAUGAAACCGAAGGGUCACUAAAAUGCC